AUGACUGAAAGGAACUUCUCUUAUGAUGAGAACUACAAAAACUUACCUUAUAUUCAACAAGAUAGAAGAAUCGUUCAACAACCAUAUAAUUAUAUACCUCAUGUUCAAGUACCAUUACCUAAUGUUCAUAUGUUAAAUAACAUAAAUGGGAAUCAACCUACACAAUCCACUCAACCAUCAAGUCAAUCACCUCAACCUUAUCAGAUCCAUCCGGGGUAUCAAAGUAUGUAUCCUCAAUAUCCAGUACAACCCAUGCCAAUGCAAGGAGUUCAGGGUCAAGGAACUCAAAUGCAACAAGGAAUGCAACAAGGAAUUCAACAAGGUAUUCAACAAGGUGUUCAACAAGGUAUCCAACCACAAAUGCAACAAGGUAUUCAACCACAAAUGCAACAAGGUAUGCAAACACAAAUGCAAUCCCAAAUUCAACCUCAACCUCAACCUCAAGGUAUACAAUCGAUACCAAAUCAAUCUCCUGGAUUACAAUAUCAAUACCAAAGACAAUUACAACCUCAACCAACGAUAAAAUCAACUUCAGCUCCUACAGAUACCGAUGAUGAAGUGUUGAGAUCGAGAUUUUAUGAAAAUGAAAUUAUCAAGACAUUCCCUAGUAAAGCUGAAUUAGUUAAGUAUAUUAAGACCACAUUAAAUGAUGAAGAACAAUGUAGAAUUGUUAUCAAUUCAUCUAAACCCAAAGCUAUUUAUUUUCAAUGUGAAAGAAGUGGGAGUUUCCGUACCACAGUUAAAGAUUCUUCAAAACGUCAAAGAGUUGCCUAUACUAAAAGAAAUAAAUGUGGUUAUAGAUUAGUGGCCAACUUAUAUCCUCCUGAUAAAGAGAAGAGAAGGGUACCAAAGAAUGAUAUGGACGAUAAGUUGGAAUUCAAUGAAGGAGAAAUGUGGAUAUUGAGAAUGAUUCAUCCUAAUCAUAAUCAUACCCCUGAUCCGCCAACUGCUAAGAAGAAAGGUAGACCAAAGAGUGCUAGGAUCUUGGUAGAGAAACCUUUACCUAAACCAUCGAAUUAUAAUCCUUUACCUUACUCUCAAGGUACUUCAAGACAAGUGGCUGAACAACAAAGUCAAGAAAGACAAAGACAACUUCAACAACAAUUAAUUUCAAGAGCGGUGAAUUUAAAUUUACCUCAAACCAUAAAUUCUUUGAACUUAAAUCAAUAUCCUUUACACCAAGAAUUACAGGAUUCUGAUGUUUUGGCAGCUAUUAAUUCAAGUAUAAAUCCCAAUUUGAACCAAGGGUUGAAUCAAGGAUUGACCCCGGGAUUGAAUGCGAAUUUGAAUAAUAAUAUCAAUAUGAGUUCUAAUGUUGAUCCAUCAAUUGAUCCUAGUGUGGGACAAGAUGAGAUUAGAUAG